AUGGUGAAGCUGGGGAGUAAUUUGAACGACAAGAACAACAAGCCACCAUCCAACGAAGAUGGUUUUCAGACAGUUCCUUUGAUCACACCUUUGGAAGUAAAUCACCUGCAGUUCCCGGCUCCGGAAAAGGUAAUUGUGAAAACAAGAACAGAAUAUCAGCCUGACCAGAAGAACAAAGGAAAACUCAGAGUGCCCAAAAUUGCUGAAUUCACAGUCAGUUUCACUGAUGGGGUAACAGAAAGACUAAAGGUCACCAUCCUCAUAAGCCUGGCUCUUGCAUUCCUUGCCUGCAUAGUGUUCCUUGUGGUGUACAAAGCCUUCACUUACGACCACAGUUGCCCAGAUGGAUUUGUUUAUAAGCACAAGCGCUGCAUCCCCGCCUCGCUGGACGCCUAUUACUCGGCACAGGAUUCCAACUCCAGGGGCAGGUUCUACACCGUCAUCAGCCACUACAGCAUGGCCAAGCAGACCAGCUCCCGGGCCGUGUCCCCCUGGCUGCCCUCGGGCUCGGCCAGCCACGACAACAAGGCCGCCAAGACAGAAGGUCAUUAA